CAGCACACCUCACGCAUAGCAGCAUCUAUGGUUUAGUUGCUGUCGUUGCUUAACUAUAAAGCCUAUUAGGUAUUUAACAAUUCUUGGUGUUUAUAAGUUUUUACUGUUUUACUGUACAUGAAGGCUCUCUACAACACAUCAAAUAACAUGCUGUUGACACUGCUAUUUAUAUUUGUGCAAAAAAUAUCAUCUGCCAUAUUGCUCGAUGAUCAUGUAUCGAAAGAAACAAAUGAUCUCCAAAAGCAGUUACUCGAUGUUAGAUACCAUUUAGAGAAAUUUAAUUCCCACUAUUUAAUUAAUCUUGAACAACGGAUGUUACACAUUCUCACCACAAUGACCAGCAUGGACAGUAAUGUGAAGACUCUACAGGAGAAAUCGCAAAUAUGGGAUGUUUUUCAACAUCAUAUUGGAGCCUGGAGUGAUCAUAUCAAAUCUGUGGACCAUAAACUAGAUUUGCUUAAAAAUGCUCAGCAAAGCAUUUCACCAAACCUGGAAUCGAAACUUGCAAAUCUGGAUUUUAAAGUACAACAUGUUUUCGAUAAAAUGAAUACAAUAGAUGAAAAGCUUCACGACAUUACCAAAACCGUAUACGCACUGUCAAGCAACUAUCGUAAGCGUCGAAACGAUCGCGAAUCGGUUGAUCAAGAAACUGCUAUGGUGAAAUUAAGUAACCUGCAAAAACAACUGAAUCGUCUUGAAUCGAGCAUAACGAGUUGCCAGCGAAAAAAUGGUAAUUGUAAUAACAAAGCUAAGAAAGAUGCCCAAGAUUUCGAGGAUGAACUAGAUGAUUUUUUUGAUAAACUUGCGACAAAGAAACUUAAAGAUAUUGCGACAAGCCGAAAGCAAAGUCGUUCAAUUGAUAACUUAUCAAAUUUGUUGCGUUCAGUGGAUGAACGUACUAUUAGAAUCUAUGACUUGGAAGCUAAUCAAUUUGAACAGAUAUUAAGUUGUUGUAAACGUACUGACCAUGAAAUAACGACAUUCACAAAUAGUGCAGACAUUUUAUUGAAGCGCAUCGAGCGUCUUGUUAUUUCUGUUGAUGAGAAGAUUGAACAGAGAAACCAGCAACAAUGUGUUGAUGAACCAACUCCAACAACAACUGAGAGUGAUGUUUCAACAAUGAUCGAACUUGGUAGUGGUGACGAUUUUGAUUCAACUUCGACAACGAUAAAUUCAAAAACAUCAGAGGUAGACUUUGAUGUUUUUGAUUACCACCAGCCUCAUAAGCAGGGCUGUGAACAACUUACGUUUAGAGUUGAUGGGGUUUACACGUUUGGUACGAUUGAACUGAAUGAGGCAAAUCGGGAUUACAAUAGGCGUUACUGUAAAUUUGCUACUGAUGGACCCGCUUGGACUGUUAUUCAACGUCGACAGUUGAAUGAUCUACAGGAAAAUUUUAAUCAAUCGUGGAACGUUUACAAAAAUGGGUUUGGCGACUUGAACAAGGAGUUCUGGUUCGGGAACAAUUUCAUUCACAUGCUUACUUACGACGAUAAUGUGGAGUUAAGAAUAGAAUUGGAAGAUUUUGAUGAGAAUAAUGCUUAUGCAGAAUAUAAAACAUUUCGCAUAGAUACAGAAAAGUUCAAUUAUAAUCUUAUGAUUUCUGAUUUUCACGGGAAUGCUUCGAAUGCAAUGGCAUAUCAUAAUGAUCAGGACUUUAGUACAUUCGAUCGAGACAAUGACAAAUCAAAUGGAUCUUUUGCAUGUGCGUUGAGUUUCGGUAGUGGAUGGUGGUUCAACAACUGUGCUGAGUCUAACUUAAAUGGAAAAUACUACGUAGACAACCCAAAAUCACACAAAUCUACUGGAAUAUUGUGGGAGACAUGGUUAGGGGACUAUUCUCUCAAAUCAUCAUCAAUGAUGAUUCGCUCUAGAGAAAAUUGGAAUGGUGCUAGCGAUGAUCAGAGGCAGCCACAAGACCCCUGAGCGCGUAAACUAUUAAAACCAAAUGUAACAAGAUUUGGAAACAAUAGUGUUUUUAGGACAAGAGCUUGAACCAAUUCAUAGUUAUCAGUUUAAAUUAUUUUUAAUCUUCUUUAAGUACCAUGAGAUUAAGGUACAAGGUACAAGCGCGGGUAAAAGUAAACUUAGCCAUAACAAACUCUCUCUUGUUUGCUUGCAUAGAAUAUAGUACGACAUAACAUAGAAUAUUUAUUGCUCGUAUACGCUCCAUCGUCAAAAUGACAUCAGCGUCAAGUUAUUGACAACAAACUACUCGAAACAACCUGAGCGACCUUUGUACAAUACCAGCUGAAAAACGAUUCAGGUACAACAAACCGUUUCUGUAAUGAAAUAAUAUAUUUCAAGAUAGGAAUAAGUAUUUCAAUUAGAUCAAAAACAUUUCGAAAGUUUUGAAUAUCAUAAAGAGUCUGCUUUGCUAUCUGUUAUUUAGGAAUGUAAUUAGUGUAGGAAUGUAAAUUAUAACUAUUUUUCGUCACAUAUUAUUUUAACAGAAAAUGAAAUUACCAUCAGGAAACACAGUGUUAAAGCGCAAGCACACAACUUUGCGCAAUAACGUCUCCCAGCUGGUCUCGAGGUACGAUGCUGGCCAGUUAUCGAAGGUUCGAGUCUCGGUUCGGAAGAUACUGUUAUGCCUUGUUCAGACUACGCUGCAUAUCACCUGAUAUCGCCAGAUGAUAUCGAAUAUCACCUCGGGUGUUCACUAGAGUGGCCAUUAUUGUAACAUCAUGCGAAUUCGAUGAGCGCCGGGCGGAAAACGUUUCCUUUUUACUCCAAAAAUAAGCCAUGAAAAUUUGAAGUUGAUCCGAGUUCAUUAAAUGGACCCACAAAACGCUUAUAUUAAAAAAAUAAUAGAUUCUCAUAAGAACUGUUGUUUUUAACUCUUUUUGGAAUUUUCGCCUUAGUUUCUUAAAAUAGUUGUAUAUUUUGCGACGAAAUACUCUUCAAUUAUAAAAUCAUAUCGUUAGGGACAUUCACAUAUUUCGUAACGCUAAAUUAUAGCAAUUCUGAACACCUCCCACCCAUAAAUAACGCAAUUUUGCAUGGGGGCCUCGCGCAAUGGAACUCUUCGUUGAAUAUCCCCUUCUACUUAGUACGUAAUGAAUGAAUGACCUCUCAUAUUCGUUAGAGGUUUUGAAACUGCCAUUCAGUGAUUAUAUCCUCAAUCGUACUUCAUUGCUGCAACUGCGUGAAGUGAACCGCCACAAUCGGAUUGGUGAAGCAAAAUUAUUAAAAUUAUUAAGAACUUUUUGUAUGGAUUUAAUGUUAUUUUGAAUAUUAUUAUUAUUAUUAUUUUCUAUGAAACAGUUCAGCACUAGUGAUCUGAAUGCACUACGAUGGCGAAUUUUAUCAAAUACGGUCGGUAGAUCUCCUGUUGAUCGAAUAGCAAUUCUCAGAGUUUUGAUGAAAGUGCAAAGUUCUUGGGUGCGCUCAAAAUAGAUUCAAGCUACGGCAAAAAUAUCGCCUAAGAAGUUCAUAAUACGCUAGUGGAUCGAAAUAUUUCGGAAAAGUUUCGAAAAUUAAAAAAUAUUACUUGUCCUCUUCAUUUCUAUGAACUUUUAUGCAAAAUAUAUUACAUGGCAAGAGCAUCGGACUUCAAACACUUGUCUUUAACCGUUUUACAAGAGCAUCAAACGAAAUCAACUCAUUCACAGCCAAUCAAGUCACUCACAGCUUCAAUGAUCCAAAAGUUCUGAUCAUUGACCAUAAAUUGCAUUCAAGACAUGUCCCUGUUGGUAGUCAAACUUCACAUUCAAGUGUUUUUCGGAUGUACGAGUGCUGGCUAAUGUAUUUAUCAAGUUAUGAAUUUUCUACGUGAUUCUUUCGCUUAUGCCGAAAUUGAUAGUCGUCUCAGACGCUGUAACUGAAAAGAUGAAGAAUCGCUUGUGGUAUUUAAGCUUGAAUAUAAACAAAAAAUGAUCAGGCAAAUAAAAGCGAAUGGUCCUUAAGGUGAAACGGUGUUGAAGCCAAUAACAGCCAAUUUUGAGCCACCACUUCGUAUUUUUAGAAGCACAGGACUCGGAAAUAAAUAAUGCACUCCCUGUGAAAACGCUAUUUUAUGUUUGCUUCACCACAGCAAACAUAAAACAGCCUUUUCACAGAUGACGCAUUACUUGUUACCGAGUCUUGUGCCUUUGAAAAUUCAAAGUGGUGGCUCGAAGGCGGCCAUUUUUGGUUUGAAUACCGUUUGGCCUUAAAUAGCUGAUGUCGAAUGUAUGUUAUUAAUCCCAUCUCGUUUUAUACAAAACCAAUGCUUUCUUUUCGAAUUUUGAACUUAAUAUUGAUUUUUUCGACCGUGACCCAGCCGAAUAGAAAAAUAAUGAGGAAUAGCACACCUUAUUCAAAAAUCAUUCGCUUUAAACGACGCCAGAGAACAUGGUGUUAAAUUCAUGAAAAAUUCUAACUGUGUUCCAACACAUAAUUAAGACGAACUUCAGUUUAUAUUGCAUGUAGUUGGUUCAUACCGUAAAAAUACCCACCUCAUUCAAAAUCCGAUCUUUUUAACAAACAUCAAAAGUUUUAAAAUAUUUUAAACAUAAAUUAGGACAAUAAUAUA